AUGCUGACUGUGCAUAAAAAUCGAACCAAGGAAUCUAUGGAGACAAGGUUUCAAGAAAUGUUAGCAGAACCCUCUAACGAGUUUGAUAAUUUCUGCCGAAUGUCUUAUGCAGAUUUUAAUUUUUUGUUACAAAAAGUCCAUCCCAUAAUUUCUAAAAAGGAUACAAAAUGGAGAGAAGCUAUACCUGCAAAAGUUCUAAAGGAUCAAAUCAAGUUGCCCGUGGUAGAACAAGACUGGUUGGACAUAGAAGGUGGCUUCCAUCAACGUUUCCCGCACUGCAUAGGUCCGUCCGUACUGGUUGACAGUUCGCGCGCUUAUGAGCCCGACCAUGUGUGGCCAGUAUAUUUGCGUAUUUGCCUAUUUGUCUCCUUUGAUGUGCCUUAA